GUGACUGAGAAAGAAGAAAGGAAGAGAACCGUUUCUAUGACAGCCUCCCUCUUCAGUAGCACCUCAAGGAUCAUGCCUUCCACUGCUUUAUUUUAAUUCGCUUACUUCUUCACAUAUGCACAUAUUUUAUUUACUUUUUAUGAUCUUUGACUUGAAGAACUGAGUCGCAUCGCUUUUUCGAGUUUUGGCCAAAGAAUCGCGCGGCAGAAAAAGAGGUGAAGAAAUAUCGCGGCUCUUAAGUUACUGGUACGGAUAUCCUGAGCCAUCCAUUAUUUAAAGUCUCUUUUAGGGAUUCAGACUUAUUAAUGUGGAUUUUCUCUGCCAUUAAAUAUAGAAGUACCAGUACGAUAUCGGAAUAUGAAUUCACUUCGAAAUAAGUUAGGCUAAUUGAAUAAAACCAGGUGUAGCAAUGCGUUCAGUGUAACAAUACUGCCCUGACGUCCUUAUGUCAUUAUUAAUAUAGUAUUGAUACAUUGUGCAUUAAUUCAGUAUGUAAAGUAGGCUCGCCUAUAUAUAGUGUGAUUUUUUUGUAGAAAGACAUUUUCUGUCUUCAAAAAAAAAAAAAAAAAAAACACCUGCAGCUACGACCGCUCUCGCGCGUACAGGAGUGUUUUCAUGUUAUUGUCAUCAUUAUCAUUAUUUUGUUUACAACCGAAGAAUGACCGUCAAACUGGAUUUUGAGGAAUGCCUCAAAGACUCCCCCCGUUUCAGGGCUGCCAUUGAGGGGGUUGAGGGAGAUGUUGGUGAACUGGAGACACGACUAGAAAAGCUGGUGAAGCAGUGUAACUACAUGUUGGAGGCUGGGAAGGUGUACUGUCAGAACAGCAAGAACUUUAUCACUGGACUGAAGGAGCUGGGGCAGCACCUUGUUGCAGACAACAUGCUGACGGAAUGUCUAGCGAAAUUUUCCAGCAAGCUGUCUAACAUUGUGGAUGCUCAGGGGGAGUUGAUUGAGACCACGCAGAAGUCAGUGAAAUUGAAACUGCAGAGCUUUGUUAAAGAGGAUGUUAAGCACUUUAAGGAUGUGCGGAAGGAGUUUGAACGCAGCAGUGAGAAUCUGGAGGCAGCGCUGGGGAAGAACGCUCAGGCCCCCCGGGGGAAGCAGCAUGAGGUGGAGGAGGCCACCAACACCCUGCUGGCUGCCCGCAGGGCCUUCCGCUCCGAGGCACUGGACUACGUGCUGCAGAUCAAUGUCAUUGAGUCGAAGAAGAAGACGGACAUUCUGUCGGCGAUGCUGUCCCUCGUUGAAGCCCAGGCUCAGUUCUUUCAGAUCGGCCAUCAGUCUCUCGGUGAGGUGGAGGACUACCGCAAGAACCUGAGCGAGCAGCACACUCACCUGGUUCUGAAUUCGGCUCGGGAAAAAAGGGACAUGGAGCAAAGGCACGUUGCCAUCAAAACAAAGGACAUAUCCUAUGAUGACUCCAUAAUGGACUUCAGCCCCGAUGCUCCCAGUGGCAUUGCCAUGGAGGGAUACUUGUACAAAAGAGCCAGCAAUGCCUUCAAAACCUGGAGCAGGCGCUGGUUCACUAUCCAGAAAAAUCAGCUGGUGUACCAGAAGAGAUUCAAGGACCAGCCGACGAUAGUGGUGGAGGACCUGCGACUGUGCACGGUGAAGCCCAGCGCAGAUAAUGAAAGAAGGUUCUGCUUUGAGGUGGUGUCUCCAUGCAAGAGCUGCCUGCUGCAGGCAGACUCAGAGCGGCAGCAGCAGGGCUGGAUCAGUGCCGUGCAGAACAGCAUCGCCUCUGCUUUCCAAGACUGCAGAGAGGUCCAGCACAGCCCGAGAGGGAGAGAGCGGUGUAGCUCAGUUUCUACCGGCAGUGGGGGGCAGUCAGGGGAGCAGGAGAGUACGGGUCGGCAGGCCCUGGAGGAGGUGCAGAAGAUCCCGGGGAACUCCCAGUGCUGUGACUGCGGGGAGCCGGGGCCCGACUGGGCCUCCAUCAACCUGGGCAUCACGCUCUGCAUCGUCUGCUCCGGCAUCCACAGGAGUCUUGGUGUCCAUUUUUCCAAAGUGCGCUCUCUCACGCUUGACUCCUGGGAGCCUGAGCUGGUCAGGUUGAUGUGUGAGCUGGGGAACACUGCGAUCAACAGGAUCUAUGAGGCGCGCAUAGAAGAAAUCACAAUCAAGAAGCCGCACCCCUCCAGUCCUAGGCAGGAUAAAGAGUCGUGGAUCCGCUCGAAGUACGUGGAGAAAAAGUUUAUUAAGAAGCUUCCGGAAACAGGCCACUCGGGUCCCCUGCGCCGUGCCAGUGCCCGACGCACCCGGGCCAACACCGAGGAGCGACCCGGCUCGCGCCCCGCCCUCAAACCCAAGCCCAACCGGGCUACUCUCCCACGCCUCACAGGGCUGAGCCAGAGUGACGUUGGCCGUAAGAACAAUGCAGGCGUCCACCAAGGGCUGAGCCAGAGUGACGUUGGCCGUAAGAACAAUGCAGGCGUCGACCAAGGGCUGAGCCAGAGUGACGUUGGCCGUAAGAACAAUGCAGGCGUCGACCAAGAUAAUGAGGAAGAGGAGGAUCUGAGUGGUCUCCAUCCUGGGGCUCUACUGUACCGUUCUGCAGCCCUGCAGCAGUUCCCUGUAAUGGCCGACGCCCUUGCCCAUGGAGCUGAUGUCAACUGGGUCAACUCCUCUGAGGAGAACUCCACCCCUCUCAUACAGGCUGUGUCUGCUAAUUCCUUGGCGGCGUGUGAGUUUCUUCUGCAGAAUGGUGCCAAUGUGAACCAGGCAGACAGCAAUGGGAGAGGACCUCUCCAUCAUGCUACGAUACUGGGGCACACUGGGCUGGUGUGCCUCUUCCUGAAGCGGGGUGCGGACUAUAAUGCCAGAGAUAACAAACAGAAAGACCCCAUCACCAUCGCCGUGGAGAACGCCAAUGCAGACAUCGUCACAUUACUGCGGAUCGCCAAGAUGAACAAGGAAAUGCGGGAGAUGGAUGGAGCCUUUGGUCAACCAGGUGAUGAAACGUAUCAAGAUAUCUUCCGAGAUUUCUCCCACAUGGCAUCCAACAAUCCAGAGAAACUCAAACGGCGCAGCACCGAUAUGAAGACCCCGUAACCACUGGGUGUCACUGUUGCACUAUUUUCUUAAUUUACACCAUUUUCAUCUGGGAUUAUUUUUGAGAUCUUUGGAAAUACCACUUUUAUAAGACCUGGGUGCCACAGUUGAUUAUUUCUUUGUAUUUUUCUCAGGUUUUGUCAUACCACAGUGGUGUAAUUUCCCAUUUAAAUAAACCAUUCAUAUCACACAAUUAUAUUGCAGACAGAAAGACAGUAAGGAGACAAUUACCCAGUUUGCCCUGGAAUGACAUAGCCCAGCCAUUUUUUUAAAACUCAAACAAUUAUGCUUCUACACAUGAUAAUGUCAUUACAUACAGUGUAUGCUUUGUAUCUGAAUUUAAUAGUUUUGACAAACCAUUAUGUUUCCUCCUGAAAUGACUUGAUAAUGCAUGUAGCUAUUCCAUCAUCCACGGUCACAGUCCACCAGGUGCUUUGGCCAUUUUAUACAGUAAACUUAUGAUUAAAGAACUGGGCGUAUGGUGCAAAAAUUGAAAGAGACAUUCAUUUUAAAAAGCACAGUCUGCAGAAACGGCAGGUGAACAUUUAAAAAACUGGCCCACAUUCAUUACUGAGCAAAAGACAUACGUUACAAUAGCACACAGUGUGAUAAUAGUGUACAGUAAUCCUGUUCUCUCCAAAACUGUAGUUCUGUUUUUAAGUCAUACAUUUGGAAAAAUACAUUAAAUGGCUCAGGGGCACAUUUUGGUGUUAUGUAUGAAUGUGACGUGCAUUGUUUUCACCAUCCUGGGUAUUUCUCAUUUUGGUUUUCUUUUUUUAUCUUUGUUGUCACUGGACGUUUGCAGAAAUAAUAAAGUUAUUUUUAAG